CCCUGGGCUGCAUUGAGCUCAUGACAUCAAUCUGUCGCUAAGGACCGGUGGCUGUUGAAAGCCGGUAGAAAGCCAGUAGCUGAUCAAUCCAUGGUUCGGGCCCUCUAUACCAAAGACCACCCUACAGGGUUCGCGAGUAGCCUAUCCGUUAAUAGGUAGAUACAGAUACCCGGGCCCACAGGUAGGAGAUCAGCGAAUCAAGCUCUACCGUGGGAAGCCGCUCGCAGUUAUUCUUCAUCUAGGAAUUGGAGCGACAAUAUCGGGUACUCGGGUACUCGAUGAUCACCUCUCCUUCUCGUAUCGCUAGUUACCCCAAUCGCUCUGGAUGCAGAGCGAUUGGGUUGUUGGGAAAUAUAACAACCCCUAAGUCUAGUCCCACCAGACCAGACCACCUGUAACGUAUAAAGGAACCUUUCGCCGGCACCGUCAACGAGUUCAGUUGUAGUUCAUACACAACAGAUCCAGUUAACCUAUAGAACAUCCUUUGAAGGCGCUUGAUAUAUAUACACUCACCAUGGAAGAACCGACCUACGAUCCGAGCCGUCCUCUUCCAAAUGUCACUAUCGUCUACCAGUAUAAAUUGGUUAACUGCCCUGGGAAGACUACUGUGGGUACGCUGGUUGAACUCCCGCCAAAUGGUGCCGCGCCUCCUCACCGCCACGGAGGGGCUUCCGUCUCCGCUUAUGUGAUCAAAGGUUCCGUGGUGAAUAAAAUGAACAACGACCCGAUAAAGGUGGUCUCGCAGGGCGGAUCUUGGUAUGAAGCCCCAGGGUGCCAUCAUCGGAUUGGCGCCAACGCCAGCAAGACUGAACCAGCGACAUUUUUGGCGAGCUUCGUUAUCGACACCGAGACGCUGGAGCGAGAAGGACCAGCUGUUCUAGUGCAGUACGACGAGGAGUACAAGGAUAUUGUCGCCCAGAAGAUGAAGACAUGAAAUCACCGAGCACCGUUAGGUUCGGCAUUGACGGGUUAGGGCAUGGUACCUUAUGGUUUCGCUUGGGCAAUUUACAAUCCAGACCAGUGGACACCUGUAUACUCAUUAUAUAUUUAUAUACCACCUGCCAACAGAUGCGAACCAAAAUGUGUGAUCUAGUGAUUGAACGUUUGGAACACUCGUGAUUUAGAAACUCGCUUUGACCAGUGAUGUUU